UCAUCUGACUCUCACUGUCUCCUCAUCCGUCUCACACACACACAUCACACAGACACACAUUUGUAGAAGCUGCUCGAUAAAAAAUACACACACCAGUCAUCUUCAACUCAUCAGUCAUAUUUCUCCAUCAUGCACAACAGAGAGCAGAUCAGUCAUGAUGAAUACCAGAAAACAGCGGACUGGUUGAUGUGUAAAACGAAGCACCGCCCCCAGGUGGCGAUAGUGUGCGGCUCCGGACUGGGCAUGCUCGCUGACACCCUCAAGUGCCAGGACUCCUUUGCUUACUCGGACAUACCUGGCUUCCCUCAGAGCACAGUGCAGGGUCAUGCAGGGCGGCUGGUUUUUGGAGAUCUGAAAGGAAAGUCCUGUGUCUGCAUGCAAGGUCGUUUCCACAUGUAUGAAGGACACUCCCUCAUCAAGACCACAUUUCCAAUUCGGGUUUUCAAGCUGAUGGGGGUAGAGACUCUUAUUGUGACCAACGCUGCCGGCUCAUUGGCUGACGGCCUCAAGCCUGGUGACAUCAUGCUCAUCAAAGACCACAUCAACGUUCCUGGACUGGUUGGUCUGAACCCGCUAUGUGGCCCCAACGAUGACAAAUUUGGGCCUCGCUUCCCUGCCAUGUCAGGCUGCUAUGACAAAGGGCUGCGUUGCCUAGCAAUGGAGCUCGCCAAGCAACUAGACAUCACUGGCCUGGUGCAGGAGGGCGUGUACGCCAUGGUGGGCGGCCCCAACUUUGAAACCAUCGCUGAGGCCAGACUCUUGCAUCGACUCGGCGUGGAUGCAGUUGGUAUGAGUACGGCUCCUGAGGUUCUCGUGGCAACUCACUGUGGCCUGAGAGUUUUUGGUCUCUCGCUGAUAACCAAUAAGGUGGUGAAGAGCUAUGAGGACACUGAAAGCGUGAACCACGAGGGCGUCUUGGAGGUUGGCCGGUUGCGGUCUCAAACUGUGCAGCAGCUGGUGACUGAACUUAUAGGAAGGAUGGAAAUCAAUAACAAUGACAACACAAAUAAUGUUGCCUGAACCAACACACAUCACAGUAAUCCCCACACCUGUGUAAAUAUCUGAUUGUUGGAGACUUUGCUGGAGAUUUUUGUCAUUUCUGUUGUUUCAUUUCACAUUUUUCAUGUAGUUUUUUUUUUUCUUUCGAAGUCUUAGCUAUUAUGGGAACUUUAUUUAUAUCACUAUGGUGCCUGCUUAUUGUCCAUCAGGGUAAACUGGACUGUACUUUUUCAUUUCAGAUAUUUGAUAUCAAACAUGUAUACAACAGUAAAAGGUGUAUUUGAUGGUGCUUUUAUUACAAAACAAAAUUACAAAAUGCUGAUGUCCAUUG